GUUUUUCACAACCUAAAUGUGAAUGUAAAAUUUAAGCGAUGCAUUUGUAUGGGCGAUAGGUCAUACGUAUAGGUUGGUGUUUCGAUUUUAUGUGCAAGCUUAAACUCCCUAAUAAUAAAAAUUUCCCCCAGGUGGAGCCAAGUAUGCCAGUGUUGACACCACUAACAUCUUAGGUGGCAGAAAUGACACAAUCAUAAUGAGUGAUGUCAAAUGUAACGGAGAUGAAAUGAAUAUUGCUGAAUGUACCUUUAAACUUGGUGAUGAAGCAUCCUGUUUGGAUGGGACAAAAGCCAAUGUGUAUUGUCAUCAACUGGAUGUUUGGAAGCCUAGAAAGAAGGGAUCAUCGAGUGAACUUAUUAAGAAUUCACUGAUUAUGGUUGAUGUAGGAAAAAGUCAAUGGCGUUGGAUUUGUGGGGAUGGUAUGGAUAAACGAACUGGGGGUGUUGUUUGUUUUGCUGCUACAAACAGUAGAAGAGCCCUCACAAUUAAUGAGGUUAUUGUAUCAACCCAAGAUGCGGCAAGGUACAUUCAACAGAAACGGUUCCAUAAUACCCAUAGGAGACAUCAUAUAUACAGGCCUAAAGAGUUUGCAUGGCCUGUUGUCAAGGUUAAGUGUGAAGGUGAUGAGUAUUCUUUGGGGCAAUGUGAUAUCAAGGAGACUUACAAUUGCACAAACCUGGCAUUCUUAAAAUGCGGUGGACCAAGUCGACAUGUGAAUUGGAGACAAAUACAUCGUCAGAUGUCUAAUACAUCACAUGAUGUCCCUUCAGUUAAUUUAUCUUAAAAUGUAAAGUGUGUUCAUUCUAUUGAUCAAUAAACAAACAAUCUAGUAAUGGAUGGUUAAUCUGUAUAUUGUUAU